AUGGCUGAAACCAUCAGCGCGGCGGGCUCGUGCCUGGAGCCACUGUUCGGCUGUCUGCUCGAGGCAGCGGGCCGGGAGGUGGCCGCGUUCCUUCGCAUCAAGUCGAAUUGGAGCGACCUCGAAAAGGCCCGGGACAGCCUGCGGGCCGUCGAGACGACGGUCAGGGCGGCAGUCACGGCGGAGGAGGACAAGCUGAACGUCUGUGAUCCUCAGGUGGAGGUGUGGCUCAAGCGCGUCGACGAGCUUCGCCCGGACGCCAUCGACGUGGAUUACAGCAGUUUGUUGGGGUUCUCUUGCCUCUGCCAGUGCACCGUGCACGCUCGUCGCCGCGCCUCGAUCGGCAAGCGUGUUGUGGACGCGCUGGAGGAGGUGAACAAACUGACCGAGGAAGGGAGGCAGUUCAGGACAUUUGGGUUCAAGCCACCGCCGAGGGCCGUCAGUCGGUUAUCCCAAACCGAGACCGUUGGGUUGGAGCCCAUGUUGGCUCAGGUCCAUGAUUUGCUUGAGAAGGGCGAGUCAAGCAUAAUUGGUGUGUGGGGUCAAGGAGGCAUCGGCAAGACGACUCUCCUACACGCCUUCAACAAUGAUCUCGAAAAGAAAGAUCACAACUAUCAGGUUGUUAUCUUUAUUGAAGUAUCCAAUUCAGAGACUCUGAACACAGUGGAGAUGCAGCAGACUAUCUGUGAUAGGCUUAAUUUGCCUUGGAAUGAAUCAGAGACAGUUGAGAAACGGGCCAAAUUCCUGGUGAAGGCACUGGCCAGGAAAAGAUUUCUGUUGCUACUUGAUGACGUAAGGAAGAGAUUCCGACUGGAGGAUGUCGGUAUCCCAACUCCAGACACAAAGAGCCAAAGCAAGCUGAUCCUGACAUCACGAUUCCAAGAAGUAUGCUUCCAGAUGGGAGCACAAAGGAGCCGCAUUGAAAUGAAGGUUUUGGAUGAUGCUGCUGCCUGGAACCUGUUCUUGAGCAAGCUGAGCAACGAGGCUUUUGCAGCAGUUGAGUCACCGAAUUUCAACAAGGUUGUUCGGGACCAAGCCAGGAAAAUAUUCUUCAGUUGUGGAGGUCUGCCACUUGCACUCAAUGUCAUUGGAACUGCUGUGGCAGGGUUGGAAGGACCAAGAGAAUGGAUUUCUGCCGCUAAUGACAUUAAUAUGUUGAACAAUGAAGAUGUGGAUGAAAUGUUUUAUCGGCUGAAAUACAGCUAUGACAGGCUGAAACCCACUCAACAACAGUGCUUUUUGUACUGCACCCUUUUCCCAGAAUAUGGAUCUAUUAGUAAGGAACCACUAGUUGAUUAUUGGCUGGCUGAAGGUUUGCUACUCAAUGAUCGUCAAAAGGGUGAUCAGAUAAUUCAGAGCCUUAUUUCAGCAAGCUUGUUGCAGACCAGUAGCUCAUUGUCAUCAAAGAAUGCGAGACAUUGGUUGCAUUACAGCAUCUCAACUUGUCACACACGUAUUAGGAUAUUACCUGAGCGGCUGUGGUUAUUGAAAGAGUUGAGGCAUCUGGAUCUCAGUGUCACUGCUGAACUCGAAGAUACCUUGAACAACUGCUCAAAGUUGUUCAAGUUAAGAGUGCUUAAUCUCUUUCGCAGUCACUAUGGUAUUAGUGAUGUCAACGACCUGAAUCUGGAUUCCCUGAAGGCACUAAUGUUCCUUGGAAUCACUAUUUAUGCAGAGGACGUGUUAAAGAAACUGAACAAGACUAGUCCUUUGGCAAAGUCAACAUAUCGUCUGAAUCUCAAGUACUGUAGAAAAAUGCAUUCGCUCAAAAUCUCCGAUCUCAACCACUUGGUGCACCUCGAGGAGCUGUAUGUCGAGUCGUGUUAUAAUCUAAGCACGCUGGAUGCUGAUGCUGAGCUGACAACUUCAGGCCUGGAGCUCCUGACCCUCUCAGUUCUUCCUAUGCUGGAGAACGUCAUUGUUGCACCAACGCCCCACCAUUUUCGGCACAUCCGCAAAUUGGCCAUUUCGAGUUGCCCCAAGCUGAAGAACAUCACAUGGGUCCUCAAACUCGAAAUGCUCGAGAGGCUUGUCAUAACCAAUUGUGAUGGGUUGCUCAAGAUCGUUGAAGAAGAUAGCGGUGAUGAGGCAGAGACAAUGCUGGAAGAUAAGUGUAUUGAUGAUGGUCAAAGUGCGUGCAAUAGUGGUGACAACACGCAUGCAGAGUUCCUGAACCUAAGAUCAAUCGUGCUGACUGAUGUCAAGAUGCUGAGAAGUAUCUGCAAGCCAAGAAAUUUUCCCAGCCUUGAGACCAUCCGGGUGGAGGAUUGCCCGAAUCUGAGAAGCAUCCCACUGAGCAGCACGUACAAUUGUGGGAAACUGAAGCAGGUGUGCGGUUCAGUUGAAUGGUGGGAGAAACUGGAGUGGGAGGACAAGGAGGGCAAGGAGAGCAAGUUCUUCAUUCCAAUAUGA